AUGACAGAACCAAGUCCUGAGUCUGCAUUGGCUAUUGCCAAACUAUUAAGGACUCAUAAGGAAUUGAAACAAAGACAAGGUCUUUUCGAUUCGCGUUUAGUUGACUUUUUCCGUUAUAAGCGAUUCAUCAGAGCUUUACAGAGUGAUCAAUACAAAUCGAAAUCGAAUAAACAACCUAACUUAUACCCACCGGUGAAUAGUGAUGAAGACGCGCGCAAUAUUUUCGUGUCCUUGAUAAAAACCCAAUUGGUGGUUCCCGCUGUUAAACUCCACUCUCACGAGUGUAAAGAGCAUGGAUUGAAACCAAACGCAUCGCACCCCAACCUAUUACUAUCAGACAAAGCUACCCUACAGCCAGAUGAAUACUACGUCUGGUCAUAUAACCCUAAAACUAUUUGGGACUAUGUCAUGGUAGUAGGCAUAAUACUAGGUGUUUUGGCUUUUGUAUGUUACCCAUUAUGGCCUCCUUACAUGAAGCGUGCAACCUAUUACUUAUCUCUUCUAGCAUUGGGGUUGAUUGGUGCUUUCUUCGGUAUUGCUAUUUUAAGGUUCAUUAUCUACCUACUAUCUUUGGCAGCUGUUAGCGAAAAAGGAGGGUUUUGGCUAUUCCCUAAUUUAUUCGAGGAUUGUGGUGUUAUAGACAGUUUCAAGCCAUUGUAUGGUUUUGGUGAAACAGAGUGUUAUAGCUUCCUAAAGAAACAAAAGAGAAAGAAGAGAUCUCAAUCUAAGAAGAAAAAAUGA